AUGGCUGAUUCAUCAUCAUCUUCGGGUUCUGCAUCGGAUCCAGAGCCUACUGAUCCUAGCAUACUGAACUCAAGGCGUGGGAAACCACAGAGGGGGUCACCUACCGACGCUAUUCCAGAGGUGGUCACAGACUACCUCACACAGGUAGGAUUUAUACAUGUUGCCCGGAUGCGACAUAUCCAGAUUGAUGCCCCAUUAAUUAGUGCUAUGGUCGAGAAGUGGAGACCAGAGACACAUACUUUCCACAUGACCCAAAGUGAGAUGACUAUCACCUUGCAGGAUGUGGCCCGCAUAUUGGGAUUGCCUACUGACGGUAUUGUCGUUACCGGAUCUACAUCCGAGGAUUGGCCCGCUGUUUGUGCUGCUGUUUUUGGCGCGGUUCCACUGGCCAGUGAGUUCCAUCAUUCAGGUGACCUCCGUAUCUCAUUCUUGGAUCGGUUAUAUACCCGGUGGAUAAGUCUGGGGUGUUGGUUGCUGGCAGACAAGUCUGGAGGUAGCAAUAUCGGUUGUCGGCUAGUCCCGUUGCUUGGGGUAGGAUUUGAUGAGAUUGGCUGUUUCUGUUGGGGAUCUGCGGUUCUGGCACAUUUGUUCAGGAAUUUGUGCGAGUGUACAGAUGCCGGUCGAUCUGACAUGGGUGGUUGCCAUAUUCUUUUUCAGAUUUGGGCAUGGAUACGAUUCCCACCCAUUGCUCCACCCCUUCCUCUUCAUCAAGAGCCUGGCACGCAUUAUGGAUGCCGGUUUAAUACGGUGGCAAAGUUUAAGCCUCAUGAGGUUGUCCAUUAUCGGGAAACCUUGGAUACAAUAUGUAGAGAUGAGGUGGUGUGGCAACCGUAG